GAGGAGGAGCGGCAGAGAAGAGCGCAGGAGGAGAGAGUGACGGAUGAAACGAAGGAAGAGGGGGAAGGAGGGAUGAACAGAGAAAAGGAGGAAGAGGAGAAACAGAACGCUCAUGCCUUCCUCCUGCUGCAGGAGCGACUCCUGGAGACGGAGAGAGAAAGGGAUGAGCUGAAGGAACGACGGAGAGAGACAGAGAGAGAGAGGGAUGAGCUGAAGGAGAGACAGAGAGAGACGGAGAGAGAAAGGGAUGAGCUGAAGGAACGACUGACAGAAAUGCAGAGUGAAUUGAAGGACAAAGACCUACCCACACAUCGGAGCCACACCCCCUCCAAACGAGGCUCCUCCCCAGACAGCCUGGCCUCCCUGAGGGCCUCUCUGUCCCGUGCUCAGCAGGAAGUGGUUUCUCGUGAUGACAUCAUCGGUGCGUUGAGUCGUGACCUGGGUGUGGCCAACACCCGGAUGACUGACAUGACAGGAGAGAUGAGUGAACAGCAGAAGGCAGAGCUGGAGAGGCACAGGGUGCUGGUGGUGGAUCAGAGGGUGGAACUGAGCGCGCUCACACAGAGGCUGGCCAUGAUGUCACAGCUGGUGGAGCAGAAGGACAGAGAGCUGGAGGAGAGGAAAGACAAGCUGAGACAGAGCAUGGAGGCCAAUCAGAAGAGAGAGAUGGUGAAGGAGCUGGAGUAUCCCUCUCUGGAUCUGAGCAGUCAGGACCCGACACUCACACAGGAAGUGGCUGUCUUGGGUGUAGCGAGCGGCCUAUCAGAGCAGGGGUUAAAGUGCAGAGGUCACCGGCAUGAGGAAGUGAUGCGUCUUCAACAGGAAGCUCUCAGUGAGCUGAGGAGCCGCAUCAGAGCACUGGAGCUCAACUGGCCAAUCAAGUUACUCUCCCAGCACCAAGACCCCACUCAGAAGAAGCUGCUGCAGAAAUCCCAGAAGGCAAUGGGGCAGAAGAAAAUGAUGGCCUCCAUGUGUGGGUUCCCUCUGUCCUCUGCAGUUCUGAGUGAGGCUAGUUUGGAACGGACAGCCAGACUAGAUAUGACUGACGCUCUGGAGCUUAGUGAAACAACGUACCUGGACCUGGCCCGUGCCCUGUGUGAGGCCCUGGAGCUGAGUGAGGGGCAGCUGCCCGGCUGUGCCCCCCUGCGGCACCUCUCCCCUGGGCAGCGGGAGCAGCUGGCCUCCCUGAGACAGCGGGACCUGGAGCUCCUGAGAUCACGCCUCGCAUUGGCCAGCAGCCAGACCCAGCGCACACUACUGCAGCUGCAGGACAGUCAGCGGGAGAUACACACACUCAGGGAGAGCCAGGCUGAGAUGCAGCAGCUGAGGUCUCGUCUGGAGAGUGUGUGUGUGGAGCUGCAGAGGGAGCGAGAGGAGACCGCUCUGCUGAGAGAGGCGAUGGAGCGCACACACACACACCUGGAGCGCACACACACUCUGAGCGGCAGACAACGCAGCACAACACACACCAGCACACAACGAAAGGCAGUGUGUGUUGACAGGCAUGAGAGGAAGAGAGUACCACACAACUGUGGGCAGAAAACAGAAUAUGUGGAGAAGUUGUCUGCAGGGCACACCAGUCUCCAGGGGAAGCUGAAGAAGAGAGACUAUGAGGUGGAGACUCUGAAGAGGCAGCUGGGCAAGCGAGAGGAGGAGCUUACAAGCGUGACAUCACAACUCACCUGUAUGACAUCACAACAGGCAGCCCCACCUGAGCCCACACCAAUCGUCUCCAUGGGAACAGACAACUGAGGAGGACAGAGCGUGUGUGUGUGUGUGUGUGUGAGAGAGAGAGAGAAAGACAGAUUUUGUAUGCAAUAUGUGUGUGUGCAGUAUGUCAUCAGCUCCCAGACAGCAGCUUGGUCUAAACUCUGGACCUGAUUCAGACCUGGGCCCACCUGUGCUAACUGUGCUGGCCCACCUGUGCUAACUGUGCUGGCCCACCUGUGAUAACUGUGCUGGGCCCACCUGUGCUAACUGUGCUGGGGCCACCUGUGCUAACUGUGCUGGCCCACCUGUGCUAACUGUGCUGGGGCCACCUGUGCUAACUGUGCUAACAACCGGACCGGCCUGUGCUAACAACCGGACCGACCCCUCCUAACAACUGGACCGGCCUGUGCUAACUGUGCUGGGGCCACCUGUGCUAGCCACCUGACCGGCCUGCGGUCUCCUCGUACAUUUUGUCAGGUCAGGCAAUGGUCAUUGUGGUCUGAGUUGUAUGCUCAUGUGACUGGUGUGCUCUUAAACACGCUGUGCUAGUUGUACACACACACACACACACUCACUCACACACACACACACACACACACAACGUCAUUUUGGUUAUUAUUCCGAGAGGAGGAUGACUUCCGCAGAUGACUGCGUGGAUAGAGGGGACAGUGUCUUUGGCAGUGACUCAGUUUGCUGGAGGAAUGUAUGGAAGUAAAUAUGUAAUAAUAAUUUUGUGUGUGUGUGUGUGUGUGUGUGUAUGUGGUCCAUGAGGAAUGCGUGGGUGUAAACAUGCGUCAGACGUGCCAUGCUCUAAACACUGUGUGUGUGUGUGUGUGUGUGUGUGUGUGUGUGUGUGUGUGUGUGUGUGUGUGUGUGUGUGUGUGUGUGUGUGAGCAGCCCACUGAACUGCGUCUGACCCAGGGAUGCAUCCAUAAACUGAUUAACAUUGUGCCUCAAAACAGCAGCUGGGAGCUGUGUGUGUGUGUGUGUGUGUGUGUGUGUGUUUGUGUGUGUGCGCUGAUCUAACUGUCCUUCACCAUCAGAAGGGAGGUGCACACAG